CUCGCUCAAUCGGGGAAGGUUGCUUGUUGCACGAGUCACACACAAUAAUUGCCGUUAGGCCUCACGCUCGACGGGAGGGGCAGGAGGAAUCAAAGGAGAAUGCAUCGGCCUGGGUGGGCCUUCUGCGUGGAGGCUCUCCUGCUGCUGGUGGUGCUUCCCCGAGCAGCUGGAGGAACAGCCUUCUUCAGCCGGCGGCGAUCUCUGCAAGUACUGACGGACGGAGAGACGGUCUUGAAUGGCGUGCUCAACCUCUUCACGGAGGAAGGGGUGGCGGCUUGCGAGGGGAGCUGCAAGGGUGCCUUCGCCACUGCCUUCGGCAUCGAUGAGGUCUCUGUCGGCUGCGUGUGUCCCAUGACCACCUCCGCCAGCGACGCCGACCGGCGCAGAAAUCUCAUGGGCGACGACAAGCAGCCCACCUCUGACAGCGCCGAACAGAACAACGGCAGCAGCGACAGGCGAAGCUUGCGGGGGCAGCGGCGGCGGUGGCUAGCGGAGACCAACUCCAGCGAGCCGGUCGCUUUCUCCGCGCGUGUGGCGGGGGGGCUCGCUGGCGGGGCGGCGGCAUUGAACUUGCUGUCCGACUCUGGGUGGAGUGCGGUGGCAUCGGCCUUCGGCGUGGAUGAGGAUGAGCUGGAAAUAUCGACCCUCACGGUCACGCCUCCCGCCUCCACCAACUCCACCGAUACCCUUGAGGUCAUCACGGACUAUUUCGACGCCUCGGACAUCUCGAUCGUGUCGUCCUUGUCCACCACGGAGGGUACGGACUGGGCGGGCGGGGGACGUGGGGUGGCGCUAUUUCUCGCGAUGUUUGUGCUCCUCCUCAUGACUUUCUGCUGCUGCGGAUUCUUGGCUGGGCUCCUCUUGUGGAAGGCGCAAAAGCACGGCGGCGGCGCCGUCGGCGCGGAUAAUUUUUUCAAGUCACGUUUUCCGGAGCGCAACUCGUUUAGGUGGGGGGACCAGCCCACCGCUGACGGGAACCCGCGGCGUUCCGAACCUCACAGCAGCGAGGGAGCCUCCCCGAAUGGCCCUCUGCUCCGCCUCGCGGACUCUCAAGCUUCGUCGAAUAGGUCCUCUGGCCACGAAAGCGUUCCUCACGAGGGCGAUGAGGCCGUCGGGAGUGGCGUCGAUCACAGGAGAGCCACUUCCACCUCGUCGGCAGCAGUGGCCCCUGAAUCGUCGUCAACGAGCCGCGGUGUUUCCGGCGGCGAUCGCGGGAAGGAGGUCGAGAGUCCAAGCGCCGCCGGGACGGGGGGGGUUACCCAGCAGGCGGCGGCAGCGGAGGCGGCGGCGGCGCCUGCUGCUACGGCGGGGGGAAGGGAUGAAGAAGGCGCUAUCCCUCGGAACGUGUCGAUGGAGGAGUCCGUGGGCACGAAUCCUCUGUACAAGACCGUGGCGCCUUACAGCCGGUCGACUAGCGAGUCUCAGCCGGAACAAACACCGGGAAGGUCUCGCUUGUCCACUUUCUUGGGCAACGCCACCCCGUCCCGUCUCCGCCGCCUGGCCGCCCGAGUGGGCAAGAGCCCGGCCCUGUCCGCGAGCUCCCGCCGCUCGAAGCCUUCGAGCGCUUCCAGGCACUCGCGCAGCGGCGGCUCGUCCACUCGCAGCCGCAGGCACCGGAGGCAGGGGUCAUUCCCCGGGGCGUACAGCCAAAGGAACUCGUCGGAGCUUGACCACCAGCGGCCCCCGGCGGACCCUGUCUACACGUUCAUGAUCAAGGAUAGCACGGACGCCCUGAGUGGAGACGACGAGAUGGUGGUGGUCGCCCGCAUGGUGCUCCUCGUCGCCGAGAGCGCCAACAAGCCGGGCCAAGACGGCGUCUCCUCAGGGGCGUCAUCCUCGGGGGUACCGCCGGAGGCCACAGCCGGCGGCGGCGAAGAGAGGGAGAAGGAGGGGAUCGAGCACGGGGAUAUCAUGCAGGCGCUGUCUGGGGCGCACCUCCGAGAGAUCGGGAUCGCCAUCAAGGAGGCUAGGCCGGGGUGGCAGGAGGCUCACGUCCAGGCUUUUGUCUCCCUGGAGUGGGUUAACCUGCUCACGCCGGAAGCUCUGGACGCGUUCUUGGUGGAGAAGCUUGAGGCCCGAAGAGCGCUGGUUGAGCUCGACCUGGAGCCCAGUGGGUUGGUGAUCAGGCAUGACGACCACGGGGUGGUGGAGCGAGUGGAGCCUGCUGUGGAGGAAAAGGCGAUACAGUCAGCCCCGCUUGCUUGAGCUGGUCUCUUACGAGCACAACAAGGGUUCGAUAUCUCGGAAAGAACGCUGUGCACGUCGAGGAAUUCUCGGAGUGCCGGAUACCUGAUCUUGCCGUCCUUUUUCACACCUUGUUCCAGCUCGCUCGACCUUGAAUGAGUAAGUUCCAAAAAAUGUCAGUAAUUCAUUCGCUGAGACGCC